AUGAUCUCCCCAGUCUCAUUCGCACAGUGGAGAUUUGACUUGAUUGGGGAACUACUAGUCGCCCCAGAGCAAUUCAAGUAUUUCAUUAUGGCAGUGGACUACCACACCAAGUGGAUAGGGGCAGAACCAAUGACAAAAUUCGCCACGGACCGUGUGAUUACCUUUUUAUGGCGUUGUGUCUACUGCCGAUUCGGUGUCCCAGAGACAUUUGUCACGAACAAUAGCACCCAGUUUGACAAUGACAAGUUCCGAGCGUUUGCCCAUAAAAAUGACACGACCGUCUUGUAUGCUUCCCCGGUACACUCCCAGACUAAUGGUCAGGUCAAAGCCAUCAACAAACUCAUCAAGCAGAACCUGAAGAAGCGCCUCAACGAAAUCACCAGACUUUGGGCUCAGAAACUCCCAGAGGUGUUGUGGGCACUCCGGACGACCCCAACGAACGCAACGGGGCAGUCUCCUUUCCUUCUAGCUUUCGACAUUGAGGCCAUAAUCCCGGUCAAGAUUCAGGUUCCCUCCAAGCGAGUCGAGGGCAACGACCCAGAUAUGAACGUCACUGACCUCCAGCUCAACAUGGACUUGCUAGAAGAACGUCGAGAUAACACCCACCUAUGGAAUAUCAAUGGAAAGUAA